AUGUCGAGACGCGAUCAGAUUCUAUCAGCGGCGGCCAUCGAACAGUCAAUUGAUGAAGGCCACAUCAUUGUCGUCCACGAAGGAUACGCCCUCAAGCUGGACGGAUGGCUCAACAAACACCCUGGUGGCCGACUUGCCAUUCUUCACAUGGUCGGCAGAGAUGCGACUGACGAAAUCAAUGUGUAA